UUUACCUAGGUCUAAUUAUAUUUUCGGUGUAAUUUUUAGCUAUUUAUAAAAGCUCGAGUGUGUUCCAUGUUUACUUCAAACUUGAAAAUCCUCAAAACACUAAAAUGCCAACUUCCGGUAAUGGUUGCCCUCGUCAUCCUCACUACUUGCUUGUAACUUUCCCGGCUCAAGGUCACAUAAACCCGGCGCUCCAACUAGCCAACCGUCUCAUCCACCACGGCGCAACCGUCACAUACUCCACUGCCAUCUCAGCUCACCGUCGUAUGGGCGAGCCACCUUCCACAAAAGGCUUGUCCUUCGCCUGGUUCACUGAUGGAUUCGACGACGGUGUUAAGUCCUCCAAAGACCAGAAGAUCUACAUGUCCGAACUCAAACGCUUCGGUUCGAACGGCCUCAGCGACAUCAUCAGAGCCAAUCUUGACGCCAGUACAGAGCCUAUCACAGGCGUAAUCUACUCUGUUCUCGUCCCUUGGGCUGCCACUGUAGCGCGUAAGUUUCACCUCCCGACUACACUUCUCUGGGUCGAACCAGCCACUGUACUAGACAUCUACUACUACUACUUCAACACCUCUUACAAACACCUCUUCGACACUGAUCCGAUCAAACUACCGAAACUGCCACUGAUCACCACCGGAGACCUCCCCUCGUUUCUUCAACCGUCGAAGGCAUUACCAUCCGCUCUUGUGACACUAAAAGAACACAUCGAAGCUCUCGAGUCGGAACCAAACCCUAAGAUUCUUGUGAACACUUUCUCUGCUUUAGAACACGAUGCUUUAACCUCCGUUGAGAAACUCAGAAUGAUUCCAAUCGGACCUUUAGUUUCCUCCUCCUCCGACGGUAAAACCGAUCUUUUCAAAUCUUCCGACGAGGAUUACACGAAAUGGCUAGACUCAAAUCUUGAUAAGUCCGUGGUUUACGUAUCAUUGGGAACUCAUGCGGAAGAUUUGCCGGAGAAGCACAUGGAGGCGCUUACUCACGGCGUGUUAGCCACAAACCGACCGUUUCUGUGGAUCGUGAGGGAGAAAAAUCAAGAAGAAAAGAAUCGGUUUCUUGAAAUGAUCAGAGGAGUUGAGCGAGGCUUGGUGGUGGAUUGGUGUUCUCAGACGGCGGUUUUAGCGCAUCGUUCGGUGGGGUGUUUUGUGACUCAUUGCGGUUGGAACUCGACGUUGGAGAGUUUAGGGAGUGGUGUUCCUGUGGUUGCGUUUCCGCAGUUUGCUGAUCAGUGUACGACGUCGAAGCUUGUGGAGGAUGCGUGGAGGAUCGGAGUGAAAGUGAAGGUAGAGGAGGAUGGACACGUGGCUGGGGAGGAGGUGAGACGGUGUUUGGAGAGGGUGAUGAGUGAGGGCGAAGAGGCGGAGGAGAUGAGAGAGUGUGCGGCGAAGUGGAUGAAGCUGGCUGUUGAUGCGGCCGUUGAAGGUGGACCGUCGGAUUUGAAUCUUAAGGGUUUUGUGGAAGAGUAUGGGUUUUAAGUUGUUUUUGCUUUAAAAGGUUCGUGAAUCGUGGUAAUAAUUUGUUUAAGUUUGCUUUAAAAGACAUCAACAAAGUUGUAUGAACCCGACCCAACUCACUCGUAUCAUAGUCAAAGCAAUGCGGACCAUGAACAUCUUUUUGAA